AUGGCGUACCAAGACCAGCACCAGCAACCUUACACCAACGAUGAAUAUACCACUCCCCGCGCCGUCAUCUGCGACGAGCUCUGCUACGGCUGCUCCACAAAACGGUUCGCCGUUGCGAUUAGAGUGACUAUAUGUGUUUUGACUGUAGGCAUCUCUGAAGCCCUGCGCGGCAAGGAUGGCUGGUGUGCGCUAUGCUUGGAGCAACCUAUCGCACCUCCCCCGCGACGUAGUCCUUCGCGUGCGACGUAUGUUAGCCAACAGCCUGCUCAGCCCCCGCCAAUGGAGAUGUCAGUUCCAGUACCCAAACCGACGGUUACGACGACACCAUCGACUCCCCUCCCAGGUGGACUCCAGCAGCAUCCACGUCGGAAACCAUCGCAUGGACAGCAAUUUCCGCCGCCUGACUCCUUGAAUUAUUCAUAUGGCCCACGGCAAUUGCAACCUCAGCAAACCCAGGGGUUUGCGGAAACCCCGCAACAGCUGUUACCCCAGUUCCCGCAGCCGCCCCAACCGGAUCAGCAAAUAUAUCCCGAACCCCAUCAUCCCCAAGGGAUCGAGCAACUACAAUACCACGAGGAACUUCAGCAGCAGCAGCAACAUCAUCAGAAUCAGCAUCACCCAUCCCAAGGAAAUAUUGAAUAUCAACAGCAGCAACCGGGACAAGUACCUAAUUUCUCCCACUCGCCGCCUCCUCAGGCAAACCAGCAGCUCCCAUGGCAGCAACAGCCACAACAACAGCCUCCCAUUCGAAUAAGCUCACCCACCUAUCAGCAAGUCGUUCCUCAAAAUGGCCCCUCAAACAUGGUUCCGAAUACAACUCAUUACAUGACCCCCGUCGCAGAUCCGAAUAUGGCCGUAAACACGGCGCAUCACAUGGCUCCGAAUAUGAACCCGAACGUAGUCCCUAAUGCUAUGACGCCGAGUAUGGCACUGAAUAUGACCGCCGAUAUUCACGCAGGUUAUGGUGCUGGUGGGCCCGGGGUCCAUCAACAGCCUCCCGUAAAUACGCCGCCAUCCAGCGUGACGAGCACACCCGGGCGGAAACCUGUUAACGUCGUUGUUGCGCCCCUGACAAUGCAUACACCACCACCACAGCCACCACAAGAAAUACAUAUUCCGCCAGCUUUACAGAUUAAACGACAUUCAGGAAGGCGGAAUUCUUCGUCAAGUGAUUCGAGCUAG